ACCCCAGGGUCGCAGCCACCCACGCCCGAAUCAUGGAGCCCUGCCCCACCAGGUCCAGAAGAAAGCCUCGGCACGUUUUUGAUUAUUGCUACUGCUUUUUAUUUUUCGCGGGCUCGCAUCACGCAGCAGCGGCGGAUUCCGACCAACGCUCUCUGGCUUUGCAUCUUCCUCGCGUCUCUCGGCUCCGUAGUAUCUGAACCCGCAAAUCACUCCAGCAUGAACCAGAGCGUGCUGACGACCGAAGACGUCGAGACGGCCAUCAAAAUCCUUAUAGUCGGCAACGGCAGCGUCGGCAAGUCGUCGCUGAUUCGGCGAUUUUGUCGAGGCCAGUUUACCGAAAACUAUAAGAAAACCAUCGGCGUGGACUACAUGGAGCGCGAUAUCACUGUUCCAGGCCACCAUGGCGAUGUGAAGCUCAUGGUUUGGGAUACCGCCGGCCAGGAAGAGUUUGAUAGCAUAACCAAGGCAUAUUACAAAGACGCCAAUGCUCUCGUGCUGGCGUUCUCAACCACGGACCGACAGUCAUUCGAGACUAUCAAGUCGUGGCGAUCCAAGGUCGAGCAAGUGUGCGACGAUCUUUCGAUGGUUCUAAUCCAAAAUAAGAUCGAUCUCAUCGGAAGCGCCGCCGUCACCAACGAGGAAGCCGAGAGCCUUGCCCGCGAGCUCAAGCUCAAGUUUUACCGAAUCUCGGUCAAGGAUUCGCUGAAUGUCGAAGAGACUUUCCAAUAUAUAGCAGAGCUCCACCUGAAGCGGCUUAAGGAGCGAGCCAAGAACGCCGUGGGCCCGAUCAAACCCCCAACACUUGAGACUGUGAUGGCUCGGAAAACAAACACGUUCCUGGAUCCAGUGCCGCCCAGCUCCCCGGCCAGAUCCCCGUCGCCUUCGACAACUGUCCCGGGUGCCCCUGCUGCAUCUGCUGCAUCUGCUGCGCCUGUUGCCCACUCUGCCGGAGGACUGGCUACCUCGGCCCAGGAAAAGAGCCCUUCCCGAACGUCUUUCCCAGGCAGCGAGCGGCCUCAGUCAGCCCGAGGCGGCAAGACAGGGACUGCAAAGAAAGACUGCAUUGUAUCAUAGCACAGCAACCAUCGACGAGAUCACUGUGGCAAGAUCAGCAACUCAUGCGUUCGCACAGAGUAAUAGACAAUCUUGCCCUUUGGAAGCCGAUGGCGCCGUCUUUCUGGAUCCUGAAUACACUUGACAGCCAAUCAAAUGCAG